CUAGUUGCCUAUAUAUGUACAAUGAUUCUGAUGGUAUUACCUUAAUCUCGUCACACAAGAGACGAAAACUUUGGCUCCAAAAAACAGAAAUGGCAAUGAUAAUGAAUCCAAAACAAUACUCAAAGAUUGAGAAAGAAGAUCCUAAUGAGAUAAUCCAUAAGAGAGCGCAGUUUCUGAUCCACAAGAUUCUCCAACGAGCCGACACAGAGACAUUAAGACAGCGACAGAAGAGAAAUACCAUGAUCAAAACGUUGUCAUUUAGAGUGGUCGGGAUAAGAAUGAAGAUAGGGAAGAAGCUGAGGAAGCUAAGAAAGAGUUGUGUAAUAUAAUGGUGGACAAGCAUGGAGAUCUUAUAUAUCCCACGUAUUAUCAAAUCUCUUAGACGUUAUUUCCUUUGUUUAUCUCCUCGAAAUGACUCAAAUCUUCCUCCUCUCUUUGCUCUUCAUGUUUGAACAUUUUCUUAGAAAAGGAGUUAUUUUGUUUUUCUUAUCAUGCCAUAUCAUAUAUUGAAUAAAUACUCCUUAAUGUUAACUACAAUGGUGUAGUAUCAAUUUUUUCUUAGGAGUCUAAACUCUAUAUGAUUCAUGAUGCCGUGUGGCCGUGUGGGGUUUAUAAAUUCACAGACGAAUAGUUAACAAAUAAGGAUCUGGAAUCACAUCUCAUCAAAUUUAUUUAAAUAGUUCACCCUAUGAAUUUGUGAUAGAAUCUUUUGUGUCCUAUAUUAAGGUCAUAUGAAUAGUAAAUAAGAUACUAUUGACUACAACAUAUGAUACUAAAAAAGUUAGCAUGUAAGCUAGUGAUUUAGAUUCGACGUACUUUUUCAUGUGGUUAUAUAUUUUAGAAGUUAAUUUUGGGACAUUUAAAAUAGCUUACGUUAUGACUUUACGAGACAUGGGAAAGGCAAAAUGGUUGUGUGAAAUAGUGGAAUAAGGUGUACAAUUGUGUGGACCAAAAAAAA